AUGCCCUGCCCCUCACUUGCCAUUCCCACCGCUGCAGACAUCCUGCGUGCCAUCGACUGGACCAUUAAGAACCGUGUCAGCGCAGCCUAUGGCCAGGUCUGCUCCAUCAACCUAUCCCUCGGCGGCAGCGACUUUUACACCUCCCCAUGCGCGGGCGACGUCUACCAAGCCGUGUUUGCCGAGGCUCGCGGCGCGGGCAUCCUGGUUGCCGUCGCGGCCGGCAACGAGGGGAAGCGAGGGUCGCUGUCUUCGCCGUCAUGCGCGCCGGCAGCAGUCAGUGUGGGCGCCGUGUACGACAGCGGGUUUGGCACGGCGCUGUGGGGAGGCAGUGCGGCAUGCAGUGACGACACAACAGCCGCGGACCUCGUCACCUGCUUCAGCAACAGCGCAACCUACCUGACUGUCCUGGCACCAGGGGCUAUGAUCAAGGCGGGGGGCGUCUCAUAUGGGGGCACCUCGCAGGCCACGCCUCACGUGGCCGCGGCGAUUGCUGUCCUGAAGGCCUCUGCCCCCGCAGCCACGCCCGACCAGAUCGUGGCGGCGCUCCGCGACGGCGGCAAGCCGGUCCGAGACUCACGCAAUGCGCUGACCACGCCGCGGCUUGACCUUGACAGCUCGACUCAGCUGCUUGCCGCCAGGACGGGCGACAAAACCCCGCCAGCAGACGUCGCAGUCAAAAUCAAUGGCGGCGCAGCCUACACAGGGUCGCCGCACGUCACACUCGCCAUCUCAGCGAUUGACCCCAGCGGCGUGGCGCAGGCCUGCAUCAGCAACGACGUGGCAGUGACGGAUUGCAGCAAUUACCAGGAUUUCUUGAGCGCUCUGCCUUGGACCCUGGCGCCCGGCGAUGAUGGGCCACGCAGCGUCCUGGUCUGGCUCAAGGAUUUCAAGGGCAACACCAUGGCGGCGCCCGCGCGCGCAGACGUCAUCUUGGACACGCAGCCACCGAGCGGCGCUGCGAUUGUUAUCAGCGGUGGCUCCGCGGCGACCGCUUCGCGCACCGUUAUGCUAUCGCUCGCUGGCGCCGACGCUGGUGGGGGCCCCCUGCACAUGUGCCUCAGCAACAGUGGCAACGCCAUGGCUUGCAUGCCUUACGCGGCGUUUACUGCCACCAAGCCUUGGACGCUGGCGGCCGGUGGCGACGGCGACCGCAAGGUCCAUCUGUUCCUGCGAGACCGCGCCCAGAACGUCGCCAGGGCAUCCGCCACGAUACGGCUCGACACCCAGCCCCCCACGGGCUGCGAGGUGAAGCUUGCAGGCAGCGCUGGCCACUCUGGUGUGACAGGCUCGCUCCAGGUGACGUUGUCUGUGUCUGCCUCAGACGCUGGCCAAAUUUCGCGCAUGUGCAUCGCCAACAGCGACGCCAAGAUGUUGGACAAGGGCGGCUGCUCGGCUUGGCAGCCGUUUGCGGCGCAGCAACACUGGAUGCUCGCAGACGGCGCCGACGGGUCCAGGUCAGUGGCAGUGCUGCUUUCUGACGAGGCAGGCAACAUCAUGAGGGCUGCGGCGGCAGGCACUAUUGUCCUCGACACGCAGCCCCCCGCAGCGGCGCGGUUGGUUGUCAACCACGGCAUGCCCACAGUCUGGACCAACAACCUGGCCCUUGAAGUGUCUGGAACAGACCUUACAGGCAUCACAGACAUGUGUGUGACCGACAACCCGGCUGCUGCCACGCCAGGCGCAGCCUGCCCCGCCGGCUUUGAGCCGUUCGUUGCGUCCAGGGCCUGGCAGCUGGCACUGGGUGGCGACGGCCCGCACAAAGUCAGGGUUUGGCUAUCAGAUGGGCUGGGCCACGUCACACCGGCGCCUGCGGAAGCUACAUUCGUGCUCGACACGCUGUCCGCUACCCGUGCGAUCACGAUCAACGCUGGCGCGCGAUUCACGGCUUCCAAGGCCGUCAACGUCAGUGUGGCAGUGCCUGCUCGUGGCGUUGACGCCAGCGGGUCGCUUCUCGUUUGCAUCAGCGAGACGGCGACCACGCCAGCGGAUUGCAAGGGCAGCGACUGGCAGCCGUAUGGGAAGGUCAGGGCCUUCGUCUUGAAGUCGAGCAGCCAGGGGGUGCGGCGGCUGCGCGCCUUCCUCAGGGACGCGCAAGCCAACGUCAGCGCUGGCGGGGCGGAGACGACGAUUGUGUACGAUUCGAUGCCCCCCACCACGAAUGUCAAGGCCCUCAACUUCAGCGCAGCUGCCAUCAGCCGCAACGCCGCCACGCUCGCUUUCAACGCAUCGGCGACGGUGGAUGCGGUUUCAGGAGUGACAACCUUUCUUGUGGGCAUGUCGUUCGUGGCGGGCGCGCUGCUGCUGCAGCUGCUGCCUGACGAGGCGGCCGCGUUUGGCUGCUUCGCCGCUGUGGUGCGGGACGUGCUGCCGGGCUACUACGCCCCCACCAUGACCGCGCUGCAGGUGGAUCAGGAGCUCUUCCGUCACUUGGUCAGGGAGCACCACCCCCGCCUGGCGGCGCACCUGGAUGAGCUCGGCGUCGACCCCGGCGGCCCGCUGCCCGGCUGGCUGCUGUCCGGCUUUGUGAACUGCCUGCCGUUCGAGUCCGCGCUAAGGGUGUGGGAUGUGGCAUUCCUGGAGCGCUCCCCGGCGCCCCUCAUGCGCGUGUGCCUGGCCAUGGUUGAGAUCUACGGUGCCGCGCUGCUGGGCUCGGCUGACGUCCUCGACGCGGGGCAGCUGCUCCACGCGAUGCCCUCGAUGACGUUCGACGCAUCCCGCCUCAUUGCAGUGGCGGACCGCGCGUUUGGUGACAUCACCAACAACAACCUGCAGGCGCUGCAGCACUGCUUCCGGGCCGAGCUGCAGCAGAAGCGGGAGACGCAGCAGGCGGUCGACGCGCAGCGCCGGAAAGCGGCCUUGGAGCGCACCGGCAGCGCGGCAGCCAUGGCCGCGGUGCAUUCUACGGGCAGCCUGUCGGUGGCGGCGGUGGCGGCUGCGGCGGACGCAGCGGCACAGGGAUUGCCGGAAGCGGUAUCAGAGGCGCAGAGGCGGGCGAACGCCGUCGCGCCAGCGCCUGCGCUGCCCGCAGUGGCGGGCUCUGUUGCAGCAGGGGAGGUGGAGCAGGGUGAGGAGGACCAGAGUGAAGAUGAGGAAGGGCUGGAGGAGGGCGAGGACGCUGACGAGGACGAGCGUGUGCACGUCCAGGCGCAGGUGCAGGUGCAGCGGCCCAGCUUGAAGGGCGGCAAGGGGGCGUGCGGCGAGGAGCAGCGGCGGUUCGAACAUGAAGAGGAGCAGGGCGAGGGGGCCGAGGAAGGCGACGGCAGGAGCCCGAGGCAGUUGCAGGGCAGCCAGCAAGGCGCUCAGGGGGGUGGGCCAGCAUCCCCUCGUUCAAGCCGCAGCAGCCCGGUCCCGUCUGCGUUUGCUGCCGUCAACAGCCGGAAGAAGGAACAGCAGCAGCAGCAGCAGCAGCAACCAGCAUGUACUGGGAACGUGGACACUGGAGCGAGUUCCCGCUGGGCAGAAUUCAAGGAACACAGCACGCACUUUGGCGGCAGCGCCGAGGACGCGGCCGACGCCGUGGCCGGCGCGGCGCAGGCGUCAGCAGCAAUUGCGACGCCCGUCGCGGCGCCGGCCGCGGCCGCGUUGCGGCCGGCGGCGGCGGCGCGGGCGGGCGCGGCCAGCGUGCCCAGUGAGGAUCCAGAGCUGUAUAACGAAGCAUCGGACGACUUUGAGGAGAGUGAGGGGGUGAAUCUGCUGUUGGUGCCCCAGUCGCAGCCGGCCGCGCCUGGCUGCGGCCGCCCCGGCGCGCUCGCGGUGGCGUGCAGCGGCGGCGCCGGGUGCGGCAGUCCCGGCGGCGGCGGCGACGGCGGCGGCAGCGGCGGCGGCGUGAGCGCGCACCGCUACCGGAUCUUGGACAAGCCCACCGCGCGGCGGGGCUGCCUGGCGGCCGCGUACGACAUAGCCGCCUCCCCCGGCCUGCUGCCCCCCACCCGCACGCCGCUCACCAGUGCACCGGUGGGCGGCGCGGGGGACGCCAAAGGCGAGCCCAUUCCAGGGGCCAACCCCGGCCGCCGGCCGCAGCGGCAGCGCUCUGACGGCUCCGCUGCCGCCGCGGCGGGCGCCGGCGUCGACCCCGUCAGCUCUGGCAGCUUUGACAGCGGCGUGUGGCAGCUGGCCAGGCGCAGCAGCACGCUGAGGUCCGGGGAGGAGGAGUGGGUGGACGUGGUGCCCUCCAGCAGCCCCGGCGGCUGGAUGGCCGCCGCGGUCGGGCCGCACGCGCGGCCGGGCGGGGGCGGCGGCGGCGGCGGGCCUGGCGGGCGGCAUGCGGGCGCGGUCGUCGGGCGUCAGCCGGGGCCGGU